ACCGUACUUGCCGCCUCAUCCUGCUCCUUUCUUCAACUCUCUCAAACAAUCCAUCUCUCAUCCCCAACCGACCUUUGCAGCCACCAACACUAGUGCCACUGUCAUGAAGCUCACCACCGCAAGCAUCCCCCUCGUCCUCCUGGCUUUUACCAGCGCCGUCCCCACCCUCUAUCAACCUUCCCUCGUGCAUUCGGAGACGGCACCUUCAACGUCUCGCGCUACACCUACGACCUCAACGACGACGCCAAGCUCGAGCUUGUGAACGCGUCUUCGCACUCCAGUGUCGGCAAGCGCG